AGCUUGAAGCAAGAAAAAUGGCGGCCGUUUCGGCCAUGAAAUGGAAGCGUAUAUCCAGUUCUGCAGGCCCUCAACCUCGUCCUCGCCACGGCCAUCGUGCUGUAGCAAUACGCGAACUUAUGGUUGUGUUUGGUGGCGGUAAUGAGGGAAUUGUCGAUGAACUUCAUGUUUAUAAUACUGCUUCAAACCAAUGGUUUGUGCCUGCUAUACGAGGAGAUAUUCCUUCCGGAUGUGCAGCCUAUGGCUUCGUCUGUGAUGGAACGAGGCUUUUUGUUUUUGGUGGAAUGUUGGAGUAUGGAAAAUAUUCCAAUGAGUUGUAUGAACUUCAAGCCACUCGUUGGGAAUGGAAGAAUCUAAAACCAAAACCAGCUAAAGGUGGAAUAGUUCCAUGUGCAAGAUUGGGUCACAGUUUCACUUUGGUUGGUCAUAAAGUUUAUUUAAUUGGAGGAUUAGCAAAUGACAGUGAAGACCCCAAAUGCAAUAUCCCAAGAUAUUUGAAUGAUCUUUUUGUUCUGGAUUUAAAAACAUCUCAAAAUCUUCAAUGGGAACUUCCUGCUCAGUAUGGCAGUGUUCCCUCACCAAGAGAAUCACAUACGUGUGUGUCAUAUACCAAGUCUGAUGGAAAGAAUCAACUUCUUGUUUUUGGUGGAAUGAGUGGUUGUCGUUUGGGAGAUUUAUAUCAACUUGAUAUUGAAACAAUGAUGUGGACAAAACCAAAGGUUUCUGGUAUGAUUCCUUUACCAAGAAGCCUUCAUUCUGCAACUGUUAUUGGCAGAAGAAUGUUUGUCUUUGGUGGCUGGGUUCCUGCUAAUACGGAUAAUGAUGUUAAAGGAACUCAGAAUGAGAAAGAAUGGAAAUGCACAAAUACAUUGGCAUGCCUAAAUCUAGACUCAAUGAAUUGGGAAGAUAUGUUAGUCGAUGAAUCAGAGGAAAAUUGCCCUAAACCAAGAGCUGGUCAUUGUGCUGUUGGGAUAGGCAAUCGACUCUAUUUAUGGAGUGGAAGAGAUGGAUACCGGAAAGCUUGGAAUAAUCAGAUAUGUUGUAAAGAUAUGUGGUUCUUAGAAACAGACAAACCUUCUGCUCCAACCCGUGUUCAGCUGGUUCGUGCAAGUACUAACACAUUAGAAGUCUGCUGGGGACGUGUUGCAACAGCUGACUCGUAUUUGCUUCAAGUUCAAAAAUACGAAGUUCCCAACACUAAUUCAUCAAUCAAUUCAGGCGUGAAACUACCUAACGUGAAACCAGUAACAACACCGUCAAAGAUGUCUGUGAGCAUGCCGCCCAAAUCUAACGUGCAAUCCAUGUCGAAAUCUCCCAUUUCAGCUGGAGCCUCGCUGAUUAAGGUGGAAAAUGCCGAUGAGCCUAAGUCGCAAGUUCCAAAUCAGAAACCUGCAGGAAGUCCACAAGUUAAACUAGUUCGAGGUACAGUGAACCCUCUCCAGGGUGGUGCUGGAAAUUCCCAAGGUGUAUCAUUAGUUCGAGUUCAGACUAAUCAAGCUCUGGCUAAAUCCGUAGGAGCACCUACCUCUACAACUUCUGUUACACGAAGUACUUCGAAACCACAACAGAUUGUAAUGGUCAUGUCACCAAGUGCAAACAAAGGGGAGCUAGGAAAAGUAACAUUUACAACUACACAAACUGUCACGUUAGCGCAAGGACAAAAAUCGUACACUGCUGCUGAGUUGAACCAAAUUAUUCAGUUAUCACAGCAGGGAACUGCUUUGAAAAUUGUUUCUAUGACCAAUCAAGCUUCGUCUUCCGCAGAUACGCCGUCACAUGCUGGAGUGAAAUUUGUUCAACGUGGAGCGAAUGGACAGGUUAUCAUAAAGAUGGUAAACACAAGUCCAUCAACUUCUACAACCACAACUCUCCCACACCCUCCUCUGCUGUUCAGGGUAAAAUACAAGACAAUGCGAAAAUAAUGUGAAAAAACGAAUACAAAAUCAGUUGCUGAUUCAUCAACGUCGUCUACAGUCUCAUCUGCGAGCACCACGUCUGCAGAUUCUAUAAUAACCUCGAGCGCACAAGUUACUAGUUCAACUUCUCCGGUUGUAUCAUCAGCUACCAUACCACGUUUAACCACAGCUUUGACUACCACGUCAUCAAACACACAGACAACGAGUAAGGCUAAUGAAACUGUAUCAGAUUCAACCACAGUGACAAAUACAAGUACAACCAAAGUUACUUCGACUAGUGCUUCUGUAAAUACUUCGGACGGUUCUGGAGGUGCAUCACAAAGUGAUACUCCAGAUCCUAAGGUAUCCUCUAGUACGAAUCCGUCAACGUCUAGUACUACUAUCAAUAAACCUACAAUAUCCACCGUAAAUACUGCUGUAACAUCGUCGACAACAUCGGAUAGCCCGAGCAAACCACCCGAUAAGCCGUCGGACAAAAGUGCUGAUACUCCUGAUUCUUCGACACCCUCAUCAACGACAACAUCUGAACCGUUUUCAACACCAAAAACUUCUUUACCAACAACUGUAAAUAGUUCCGUGCAAAACACGCUUCCAUCACAAACUACAUCUACCUCAACUACUACUACAGCAACCUCUGUUAUGGGUUCAAUCUCGAGAAACUCGGACUUACAAAAGAUUGCAACACUUGCAGCUGCUAAAACUGAACUUGAGAAUCCCGCGAAAAUUGUCUCACGACCAGUCACCUGUGGCGGUUCUACCACUCAACAAGCAACAGCUCCAAUCACUACUACUUCCGGUAGAGAUAUGGGACCCCCUGCAUCCGCUGUAAAUCCUCCAGCGAAGGUGAAACCUGCUACAAAAACGCCCCGUCAACCACAAACAAAUGGUGUACACGUCAACAAGAUCGGUGGAAACCAGUGGCAUGACGUUGGCGUCAUUAAAGGAACAUCGUCAAUUGUGUCGCAUUAUUUCAUUCGACGGACGGGAGAUACACAAAAAAUUGUGAACGAAAAUCAGACUCCAUCAGGAGUAAAACAGGAACUCCUUCCAGGAACGGCGUACAAGUUUCGCGUGGCAGGACUGAAUUCGUGUGGCCGUGGUCUAUUUAGUGAUGUUUCUGCAUUUAAAACAUGUUUACCAGGAUUUCCUGGUGCUCCAUCGGCCAUUAAAAUCAGCAAGAAUGCAGAAGGAGCACAUCUCUCAUGGGAAGCACCGACAAAUGUCGCUGGCAAUGUAAACGAAUAUUCAGUGUAUCUAGCAAUUCAUAGUCAAUCCAGUGAUAGCAAAGAAGUCAGUGGAAUUGGCCCUACACCAGUACAAUUAGCGUUUGUACGUGUUUAUUGUGGUCCUAAACCUUCGUGUACUGUCAGUACUGAUACUCUAAAAAAUGCUCACAUCGACUACUCCACGAAACCCGCUAUUAUAUUCCGUAUUGCUGCCAAAAACGACAAAGGUUAUGGCCCUGCAACACAAGUCAGAUGGUUACAAGAUGCUAAGGACCUGAAGGACCAAAAUAGUUCAAAAAGUGUAGCACAAAAACGAGCAAACGUAGAACGACCAAGCGAACCAGCGAAGAAAAUCAAAAAGGAAUAAAAUAUUUCAGUAUUUUCAUUGUAACCACUAUAAAUAUAUAUAUAUAGACAGUACACACGAACGUUUAUAUUAAGUUGUAUAUGAUAGCUGUAGACUGCUAAUAAUUCCGUAUAUUUUAGUUAAAGUGAAGAAUGAACCUUGCAAUGCAAUGCUCAAAGAAGUUAUUGCAUGCGCAUAUUUUUAUUGUUGCUGUGACUAAAACGAAUAUGUUGCUAAAAGUAAAAUGUUAGGUUUAAAAACUCUGGUUUUAAGAAGAGGGGGAAAGAGACCUUUUGUAAAAGAAAUGUAAUACAUGCAGGCUUGCGUUUUUCUGAUCAAGUGUUACAACUUAAUUAAAUUCUCAAAGACAUUUA